AUGGCCACCCCCAGAGCUACAGCAGCCUGCACACGCACCUGCCCUGCCCUCUGCCACUGCAGCAGCACCGAGCAAGGGUGCUUGGUGAACUGCAAUCGUGCUGGCCUCAUGCAGGUGCCGGCCAACUUCCCAUGGGAGGCAGCUGCCAUCGACUUGGACCGCAAUGGCCUGCGCUUCCUGAGUGAACGGGCCUUUGGCAAGCUGCCAUCUCUACGCCACUUGUCGCUGAGCCACAACAACCUGACCUUCAUCACGCCUGGAGCCUUCAGGGGCCUACCGCACCUAGCUGAACUGCGGCUGGCACACAACAACGACCUGCGCUACCUGCACGCACGCACCUUCACUGCGCUGGGCCGCCUGCGUAGCCUCGACCUGGCUGCCUGCCGCCUCUUCAGCGUGCCCGAGCGCCUGCUGGCCGAGCUGCCGUCUCUACGUGAGCUCACUGCCUUCUACAACCUGUUCAGCCGCGUGCCAGGAGCUCUGCGUGGCCUGGCCAACCUGACUCACGUGCAGCUGGAGCAUGGCCGCAUUGAGGCAGUGGCGUCUGGUUCCCUGUUGGGCCUGCAACGCCUGCGCUCGCUCCAACUGCAUGGUAACCGGGUGCGCACUGUGCAUGGCAGUGCCUUCAGAGACUGCAGAGCCCUGGAGCACUUACUGCUCCAUGACAACCGGCUGUCUGAACUACCGCCAGACGCUUUCCAGGGCUUGCACAGCCUGCGCACUCUCAACUUGGGUGGCAAUGAGCUGAGCUUUGUGCAGCGGGCCUGGUUUGCAGAGUUAGCUGAGCUCGAACUGCUCUACCUGGACCGUAAUCGCAUCGCCUGGGUGGAGGAAGGUGCCUUCCAGAACCUCUCUGGCCUCCUGGCACUGCACCUCAAUGGCAACCAUCUGGCUGUACUCGAAGGAGCCGCCUUUCAGCCUGGCUUCUUUCUGGGCCGUCUCUUUCUCUUCCACAAUCCCUGGCACUGUGACUGCCACAUGGAGUGGCUGCAAGCCUGGCUGGAGAGCUCUGGUGGCAUGGCUGAUGUGACCUGCGCCUCCCCAGGCUCCGUGGCUGGCCUGGACCUCAAACAGGUGGCCUUUGAGCACUCCUCCAGCGGCCUUUGUGUAGAUCCUGUGGAGCUGAAUGGCACAACUGCACGCAUAGGCCUGUCCCCAGAGCCGACGGCCACCAGAGUCAGCAGCUUCAGCAGCCUCCUCUCUCAGCUCCUGGCGCCUCAGACUGUGGCAGCAGACACUAACACCACCAAACAGCUGGCCAAUGCCUCGCUGUGGCCCAGCCUUCCCUCCAAGGAAUCAAGAGGUUCUAGCCAAAACUCUGCGUGGCUUCUGGGCUCCAGUCUCCUGGUCAGCAUAGCCCAACAUGUGGGUUUCAUUUUGCACACACACUGA